CACAUACUCACAGCCGCCCAACAUGGUAUUGGCAAAGAGUAAGAAUGCCGUGGGGCUGGGCAACAGCCUCAUGAAUGAUCGCUUCGGCAAGAACAAAAACACCAACAUGCACAAGGGCAGCGCCAAGCAGAAGACAGACGGCAGCAUUGUGCGCAAGGACCAGAACGGCGUCGAGUAUGUCACGAACUCGCGGAAAGAGGCUGAAUGGGUCAAGAUGCGCUCCGUCACCGAGCAGGGCGCGCUCGACGAGUUCCUCAGCACUGCUGAAUUGGCCGGGACAGACUUCACGGCGGAAAAGAUGAACAAUGUGAAAAUCAUACACACCGACCAGAAGAACCCGUACCUGUUGAGUCAGGCGGAGGAAAGAGGCGUAGUAAGGAAGCAGAAUGCGAAGAGAGAGCGUCUGACGGUACCAAGGAGACCCAAGUGGGACAAGGAUACCACACCAAUGCAGCUGGACACGAGAGAGCGAGAGAGCCUGCUGGAGUGGAGGAGAGGCCUUGCCGAGGUUCAAGAGGUGGACGACUUGCUUAUGACGCCCUUUGAGCGCAACUUGGAGGUCUGGAGACAGUUAUGGCGUGUGGUGGAGCGAUCGGACCUGGUGGUGCAAAUUGUGGAUGCUAGGAAUCCUCUGCUGUACCGCUGUGCCGAUUUAGAGCGCUACGUCAAGGAGCUGGAUGGUGGCAAGAAGAGGAAUCUGCUCCUCAUCAACAAAGCUGAUAUGAUGACGCCGACGCAAAGAGCGGCCUGGGCCAAGUACUUUCACGAGCGAGGUAUCGCGUUCCGUUUCUUCUCUGCUGAGUUGGCAAAGGAGAUGAACGAGGCGAGAGAUGGGUCAGAUGGGGAAGAGUCUGGGUCCGAGGAAGACUCAGACGAGCUGGAUGAGGACGACGUCGAAGAAGAGAUUGACCCUGAAGCAGACGUGAAAAAUCUCUCGAAGCAGGCACAGAAGAUGAAAGUUCAGGACCAGCAGGAUGAAGAUGAAGAGUGGUCCGACGAGGACGAGGCGAGUGGGGAUGAAGCAGACCCAAUCCCGGAGCCACCGCAGGAGCAAUUGUCACUCGAAGAGCAGACACGCAUCUUGACCACGGACGACCUCGAAGCGCUCUUCCUGCAGCAUUCCCCCGCAUCUCCCACCGGUAAAGACGCACAGGCGCGAAAGACCGCCAUCGGUCUUGUAGGAUACCCCAACGUCGGAAAGUCGUCGACGAUCAACGCCUUACUCGGCGCGAAGAAGGUAUCUGUUUCUGCCACACCCGGAAAGACCAAGCACUUCCAAACCCUCCACCUGUCCGACAAGGUCAUUCUUUGCGAUUGUCCUGGUUUGGUCUUCCCCAACUUUGCCACCACAAAAGCCGAGCUGGUUCUCGCUGGUGUGCUUCCCAUUGACCAAUUGCGAGAGUACACUGGCCCAGGGGCCCUCGUCGCCCAGCGCAUUCCCCAGCACUACCUCGAAGCCCUCUACGGCAUGAAGAUCGUCACUCGACCCCUCGAAGAAGGAGGUACUGGUGUGCCCACAGGGGAAGAAGUGCUUCGAUCUUUCGCGCGCGCCCGAGGUUUCUGGACGCAAGGUCUCGGCCAACCCGACGAAGCUCGUGCUGCUCGAACAGUGCUCAAAGACUACGUCAAGGGCAAAUUGCUCUUCUGUCAUCCACCCCCCGAGCCACCCAUUGACCCCAAGCAAUUCAAUCGGGAAUUGUACGAUCUGGCGCAUCUUCCCGAAAAACGCCGAGCCCGUCUCGCAGCGCACGACAUCACAUCCAUUGCAGGAACCGAGGACAUGACACUCAUGGACGACGGCGAGAUGGACCUACCACUACAAGCCACAACCAUGGGAAAAAAGGGUGCAGCGCUCGAAAAGGAAUUCUUCAAAGCGGGCCAGGGGAGCGGGAAUGUGGUGCGACCGUUCCAUUACAAGUAUUCGGAACAGGGCAAAGAAAUGAGUGGAAGGAAAUUGAAGCAAAUGACGGCGUUGGAGAAUAAUAUUGAUCCGGCGGAUUUGAGGUUGAGUAAGAAGCAUGGCAAGGCGAAUAAGAGAGCGUUGAAGAAGGUUCGAGCACCUGGGGAGAGGGCUUAUGAUGAGGGUCAUGCUGGAUAAGGUAGAGACAGGUACAUGUACCUUGGGUACCUAGGUCUUUACUUGAGAUCAAAACGAGAAUCUGACUGAGAUGUGUUUUUUCACUUUGACGUGUCUGUCCGUCUGGAAGAAAGAAAUGUCAGAGGGAAGAUGAAUGAAAG